AAAAUUAAAAAAUAGAAAAUGUCUAAAAAAUAAAUAGAUAGUCCUACACAGUCCGGCGCUGUAUGCGAAGUCUGGAAUGGCGGUAGUUUUAGAGCGAAAUCAGGAUGCAACAGUAUACUGUGGUAAUGUAGAUGACAAGGUUUUGGAACCUCUCCUUUGGGAACUUUUUCUUCAGGCAGGACCAGUAGUUAAUGUUCAUAUGCCAAAGGAUCGAAUUACUCAAAAUCAUCAAGGGUAUGGUUUUAUUGAGUUUAUGUCAGAAGAAGAUGCAGAUUAUGCAAUCAAAAUAUUGAACAUGAUAAAGGUUUAUGGUAAGCCUAUCAGGGUGAACAAGGCAUCUGCACACAAUAAAAAUCUUGAUGUUGGUGCAAAUAUAUUUAUUGGAAAUUUAGAUCCAGAUAUUGAUGAAAAGCUUCUGUAUGAUACUUUCAGUGCUUUUGGUGUUAUUCUCACUACACCUAAGAUCAUGCGAGACCCUGAGACUGGUAAUUCAAAAGGUUUUGCUUUCAUUAAUUUUGCAAGUUUUGAAGCUUCUGAUGCUGCUAUUGAUGCUAUGAAUGGUCAAUAUUUGUCUAAUAGACCUAUUAGUGUAUCUUACUCAUUUAAAAAAGAUACAAAAGGCGAGCGUCAUGGGUCUGCUGCUGAGCGACUUCUGGCUGCAAGUAAUCCUUUGACACAGAGUGAUCGCCCUCAUCAGUUGUUUGCUGAUGCCCCACCAAUGCUUCCACCUAUUCUUCCUGAUAUGAUGAGUUCUCGCUCUAUUAUGCCUCCCACUAUCAUACCCCCUCCAAUGGGUGGUCCAAUGGGAAUGCCACCAACUAUGAUGGGUGGAGACAGUAUGGGAAUGUCGUUUUUACCUGCAUUUAUGCAAGGUCCACCUCCUAUGCAAGGUAUGCCUCCAAAUAUGGCUGCAAUGGGUUUUCCAAAUAUGCCUCCACCAGGUUUUAUGCAUAUGGCACCUCCAAAUGCUCAGACUCUUUCUACUUCUUCAGCAAAUUCUACAAGUCAGGUUUUCCCUCCUAUGCCACAAUCUAUGAAUACGGUUAGUAGUAUGUCCACCAGUAUGAGAAUGCCACCUAGACCUCCAGUAAUGUUCGGUUUACCAAAUGAACGGCCACCUUGGAUGAUGGGUCCACCUCGAAAUAUGAUAGGGAUGCCUGGUGUUAGACCUCAAGUUAUGGGGUUUGAUCCUCGUAUUUUGACACCUCGUCCACCUAUGCCUCCACGUGUUCCGACUCCAAGAUAAAACUUACUUUAUGUAUUUUUUAAAAUAGUUGAAUUUUUUAUGAAAAAUGAAAUUUUUAUUUAUAA